AUGGAGUGGGGCGACGAGUGGCUCGCGCCGGACAAGCUGCAGCACGUCCUCGCCUGCCUCCUCAUCGCCCUCGCCGCCGCCGCGCUCGCCGGACGGAGCUCCCGCCCCUUCCUCCGCCGCCGCGCGCUGGCCCUCGGCUGCGCCGCCUCGCUCGCCGUCGGCGCCGCCAAGGAGGCCGCCGACGAGACCCGCCUCUUCGGGUCCUCCGGCGCCUCGCUCAGGGACGCCGCGGCCGACCUCCUCGGCGUCGCCCUCGCCGCGGGCCUCUUCUCCCUCGCCCGCCGCCUCCGCCGUCAACGGCGCCGGGAGAAGGCCGACGAUACGGACGGCAGCAUCUCCAUGGUCUGA